UCCGAAUAACGAAGAUGAUGUAACCUUUACCUUCAGUCUCUGAAGACUAUCGAAACGCGCGACAGAAAGUGUAAAUGUGAGUGUUGGUAUAAACAGCGUAUUCAGCGUGAUUUAAAGAAAUGACAUUUUAAAUUUUUGCUAGUCACGUAGCGACACUAGUUUAUUUGGUUAUGCAAUAAAUAUUUUGUAUUAAGAGUUUUUCUAACUGUAGAUUGUAAUGUACGAAUUAUUUCAUUUUAAUUCAUGUCUUUUCAUUAAGUGAUUUCUUAGACGUUCUUUUAUGAAUUACCAUCACUAUUUCAAAUACGACAAAUAAACUGAACGAAAAAAAAGAAGAGACAAUUUAACCUCAAAAUAAAUUUACGUAAAUUGAAUAAAAAAUGUUUUUGACAAACAUUUUAUUUAAAAAAGUAAAAAGCAAACACAUUAUGGUUCAAAUGGAAAGUGUAGUAAGUGGACAUACUUUUAAUAAAAUAAGAGAACGAUUAGCAGAUAAACUAGAAGUAAUUAGAUUUGAUCCGUUUAUUAUGAAAGAUUGUUUGUACAAAGAGAAGAAAAAAGUUCGAAGUAUGUAAUAAAUUGUAAAGCUGCAACGUAUUUUUAAUAUUUAAUAAUAGAUGUAGAAUAUUAUUUGUCAAAUAAAUUCAAUUAAAUCAAU